AUGGCACCACCACGCACUCCAAUGAAAACUCCAAGAAAAACGCCUUUAAAGAAAAAUCGAAAAGUAAUGAGUUUGGCAGAUAAAUUAAAAAUUUUAAAUUCACUUCGAGACGGAGAUAAAGUUGCUGCAAUUGCUAGACGUUUCGAAGUAAAUGAAUCAACCAUUCGCACGAUUCGGGAUAGCGAAGCGAAAAUUCGUGAAAGUGCACAAAUUUUGGGCCAGCAUGCUCAGGCAGCAAAAGUUGUUCGUCAUAAUUUCAUUGAAAAAGCAGAAGAAAUGCUUAUGAUUUGGAUUCAAGAUCUUAUACACAAAAAAAUUCCUCUUAGUACAGCGGCAGUUAGAGAUCAAGCUAUCGUUUUUCACACUCACCUGUGUGAAAAAUACAAUAAAACUGAGAAGUUCAACGCGAGUAAAGGAUGGUUUGAAAGGUUUAAAGCCAGAUUCAUGCUGCAUAAUGUCAAAUUCUCAGGUGAAAGUUCUAGUGCGGAUCAUGAAGCUGCUCGUGUAUUCCCAGCACAAGUUCGAGAAGUUAUUGCUGAAAAACAUUUUGUUCCCGAUCAAAUUUUUAAUUGUGACGAGACUGGACUUUUUUGGAAAAGAAUGCCAUCUCGAACAUGGUUAACGAAAGAAGAAUUAAGAGCGCCAGGUUUCAAAGUAGCGAAAGAUAGGUUUACUCUCUUAUUCUGUGUUAACGCCACUGGAAAUUUAAAAUGCAAACCUAUGCUCGUGUAUCGUUCAGAAAAUCCUAGAGCAUUAAAAGGAAAAAAUAAAGAACAGCUACCCGUCCAUUGGACUUCGAACAAAACUGCAUGGGUAACAAGAAAUAAUUUUGAGAUUUGGUUUUUGCAUUCAUUUAUUCCAGAAGUGAAAGAAUUCUUAGCCAAAAAAAAUCUCGCUUUCAAAGUUUUGUUACUGCUUGAUAAUUGCAAGAGCCAUGAUGGAUGUUUGCAAACAGCUCAUCCUGAUGUCGAAGUGAUGUUCCUUCCUCCCAACACAACGUCAUUGAUUCAACCGCUAGAUCAGACUGUCAUAGCAACUUUCAAGUCUUAUUAUUUAAGACGUGUUAUAAAAUCAUUAGUCCAAAAAGUAAAUCUUCACCGGACUUGCGACAAUUUUGUUCCCGACAAUGUUGUCAGACAAUAUUGGAAAAUGUUUUCAAUCAUGGAUGCAAUCAACUUCGUUGAAGAGGCUUUGACUGAAGUUAAAUUGACCACUGUAAACCAAAGCUGGAAAAAGCUGUUACCGGAAGUAGUUGCAGCAAGUGACGCCGAGCAGCAAUCAAAUUAUCAAGACACAGUGCGAGAGGUUAUAGCCUUGGCUCGAGAAGUCGAAGGUGAGGGGUUCCAAGACCUUGAGGAAUCGGAGGUUCUAGAUCUUGUGGAAGAAAGAACUGACUUGACACCUGAAGAAAUCGAAGUACUUUCGAACAAUCCGCCUGAAGAAGAAACUGAAGAAGGCCUUACACGAACGACGUCCGAAACCAUUUUCGAUGCUAAAGCUGUUGUGGAAAUUAUCAAUCUUAUUAACAUGGCAUCCGAAAAAUCUAUGCAAAAAGAUCCGAUAAUGGUUAGAAAUUUAAAUUUCAAACGACAAUGCGAUUUAGCUAUAUUGAUUUACGAUGAAUUAUAUAGAGACAUUUUGAGAAGAGCUAAGCAAGCAAAAUUGACUGAUUAUUUUCAAAAUAAAUAG